AUGGCUGCAGGGACAUGGGAUGCCAUGCAUGGCCUCUACUGGGCGGUGGUGACGCUAUCGUCGGUCGGCUAUGGCCACCUCGUGCCGCGCUUUGAUGCGGGGCGCGUGGUGGCGAGCCUCAUCAUGCUGGGCGGCGUGGGCUGCCAGGCGACGCUGUUCACCGCCCUCGCGCUGCUGCCGGCAGCACUGCGGCGGCGGCGCCUCGAGCGGCGGGCAAUGGAGCAUCUUGCGCGCGGCAAGGACAAGGGCGGGCUGGCGGACGAGGAGCUGCUUGAGCUGACCGCCGGUGAAACAAUGAAGGCGUGGCGGCUCUCCUCGAGCGACUCGUACGUGACGCGCGACGAGUUUUGCCUCGCGAUGCUGCUGCGGCUCGAGAAGAUCUCGGCAGAGGAUUUGCGGCUCGUGCAGGACACCUUCCUCAGGCUGGACGCCAACCGCAGCGGCAAGCUCGAGUCACGAGAGAGCGCGAGCAGGCGAGAAAGCCAACGCGAGCUGACUGCGAGUCUCGACUUUUGA